AUGUCGUUGACAACAUCACCUAUAAUGCCUAUGAUCGUACAAACAUCAAGAAAUCAAAAUAAUUACGAUCAAGUUAUGGUAAUUAAUCCUAAUGAAACGAUUUCUUAUGAGCCAUAUGUUAAUUAUCAAACACCAAGAACUGCAUAUCGUACUUAUCUACAACCUUCUGAACCAAAAUAUCAAUAUACAAUUGAACAGGUUAACUGA